AUGUCCUCAUCAAGCACCCAACCGGCACCCACAACUGACGUCGAGAUGGAGGCCACCACUGUAGAGUGUGCCCCCCUGAGGGAGUCUCCGCUGGCUAGUAAAAGUAAUGUAGAACCGUUGCCUGUCUCAGCCCCACCGGGAACUGCGUUCCUGAAGGACUUACUCACUAACCUGGAGAACAUCCUCCAGCGGCCCUUAUACAUGGUCAAAUUGGCCAAGGACUCAGUUAUCGCAAAGGACCUCAGCGAGGGCAUCAUCGACAUCAUCGACGCCCUCACGGACAUCUUCGCAGACGUCCAGAAUAGACUCCUCAACAACGAGGAGGUCAUGCACUCGAGAGUCAGCAAAGGGGCAUCUGCCAUCUUCACCACUGUCAUCCGACAGUGCACUGGUGACAUGGACCCCCUGGGGGCGUCCACGCAUACUAACCCUGCACCUGAACACAUACAGUCCGCCAUCGCGAAGGGCAUCGAGGCAGACAUCCGCGUGGUGACCGUCACCAUUGAUGCACGCCUAUCUGCCAUCGAAGCCACCCUGGCUCGUUCCCGCCCACUGCCGGUAUCUCCGGGUCCCCCCGCAGGUCCGCGCAAGCAAACAACCAAAUCCUUCUCCGACGCCACCCGAACUGCAAGUGUUAUGAAGCGUUCCCUGCUAGAACGUUCAGAACCACGUGUGCUUUCUCACACGUACUAG